GGUACGAAGGAAAAGAAAUGGGUGCAUAAAAGAAUGUUGUGCUCAGCCUGGAAUAAUCAUUAGAAUCUUGGUCCGUAUGUCAAAUGGGGAGUAUUCCCAGCUUUCUCCAAUUCCCUUAACAAAAUCAGCAAACGACCCGGCCCGUCAAAAUAAUAAAAAUUGGGGGACAAGACAGACCAUGAAAUAAAAGGAGAAGUGUUAGAAAAUAUUUGGGGGAAAGAAGAAAGGAGGAGGAAGACGAUGAUGCUCAGAAUCCGAAGCAGAGAUGGACUGGAGCGAGUCACAGCCGAGGGAGCGAAUAUAACUGUUUCCCAGCUCAAAACCUUAAUCGAGGAUCAGCUUCAGAUCCCUCUCCAUAAGCAGACCUUAUCCACCAAUCGUGAUCUCCUCCUCGCCAAAACUCCCGCUGAUCUACUCGCCUUCACCGACCUCACCGACCCAAACCUCCCUCUCUCCUCUCUCAAUCUCGGCCAUGGCUCUAUGCUCUUCCUCGCCUACGAUGGGGAGCGCUCCAUUCCUGGAGCUCCUCCCGUCACUCCUGCCGGAUCCUUCGGCAGGAAGAUGACCGUCGAUGACUUGAUCGCCCGCCAGAUGCGCGUUACUCGUCAGGAGACGUCUCACUGCGACUCCGUCUCCUUCGAUCGCGAUUGCGCCAACGCCUUCCAGCACUACGUCAACGAUUCUCUAGCUUUUGCCGUCAAGCGCGGCGGCUUUAUGUACGGCACUGUCACGGAGGGAGGACAGGUGGAAGUUGAUUUCAUCUACGAGCCGCCGCAGCAAGGCACGGAGGCUAAUCUUAUUCUGAUGAGAGAUGCCGAUGAAGAGAAGCGCGUGGACGCAAUCGCCAUGGGCCUGGGGGUGAGGAAGGUUGGUUUCAUUUUUAACCAGACCGUGGUGCAGGACAAGACUGGAUACACUCUGUCCAACGCCGAGGUUCUACAGGCGGCGGAGCUUCAUGCCGAGGGCGAGCUGCAGGAGUGGGUCACGGCGGUUGUGAAGCUUGAGGUGAAUGAGGAUGGUGGCGCCGAUGUCCAUUUCGAGGCGUUUCAGAUGAGUGAUAUGUGCAUCAGGCUUUUCAAGGAAGAGUGGUUCGAGACGGAGAUUAUGCCGGAAGAUGAUCCAAAGCUCUCUAAGAUGAAGAAGGAGGUGGUUGUUGGUGUCAAGGAUCUUAAGGAGGUGGAUAACGAUUUCUUCCUCGUUCUCGUCAGGAUCUUGGAUCACCAGGGACCUCUGUCAUCAACAUUCCCAAUAGAGAACCGGAGCAGUCGAGCAACGAUGAGGGAUCUGAAAACACAUCUGGACCGGGCAAAGAGCUUGCCGUUGGUGAAGAAGAUGUCAGAUUUUCAUCUGCUUCUCUUUGUGGCCCAGUUUCUGGACGUGUCAUCGGACGUCCCUGCCUUAGCUGAGUGUGUGCGUCUGCAGUCGCCUGUUCCAGAGGGCUAUGCGUUGCUCAUCGAAUCAAUGGCCAAUACUUGUUAACUUUUUUUUUUUUUUUUGUUUCUUGAUGUAUCAUGUUCGUUUAGUUCCCAGAAAAACUGUUAUACUAGUUGACAAAUGAAAAAUCUAGUGUCGAGAUGUAUUUGAUAAAAAGUUUGGUGGUUAAUUUAUGUAUGUAUCAACAACUUUUAGA